AUGGAUUCUUCAAACAAAGAUAGACUUGAAGAUUUAGCAUUAUUAUUCUUACCUGACAUUUUAAAUACUGUACAAUCAACAAACUCAAACACAAACCAAUCAUCUCCAAAUAAUCAAACCAAUUCCAAUAAUUCGAAUAAUAAUACUACAAAUACUGGUGCUAAUCCCGAGAAUAGUAAUGAUUCAAGUUUCACUUAUCAUCAAACACCAUCGCAUCAACAUCAGCAACAUUCACAUUCAUCAUAUCAAGAUUUUUUAAAUAAUAACAAUUUUAUCAAUAGAUCAACCGAAAACAUGCUACAGCAAAAUAAUUAUAAUCAACAGCUACUAUCCAGUCAAUAUUCACAUAUGAAUCAUUUCAAUCCAUAUUAUCCAUAUGAACAACAAUCACAACCAUCACAACAACAAAUUGCACCACCCCCCACCCAACAACCUAAUCAAUUAAUGUAUCAAAAUCAAUAUCAACAGAUUUAUCAACAAACACCAGAACCACAACAAAUAUUACAACCAAAUCAACAACAAUACAAUACUGGUAAUUAUGACGACGCAUCUAAUGUUGUUGAAUCUUCACCUAAAAAGAAGAAACAAAAGGGUCGUAAGAAAGAUUUCAAACAUAUUGAAUAUCAAAUUGAUCUUAAACCAAGUAAAUUGAAAAGUUUAUUGGACUUUAAACCAAGUGGUAUUACAAGUAUUAAUGAUUACAAAAUUAUUGACAAAUAUAAUAAUGAAGUACAAAUUGAAUUUUCAGGUUUUUUGAAUGGUAGAUUUUUAACUAAUGAUAUUGAUAAUAAUAAUUAUAUCUUUACCAAGAAUGAGUUAAAUAAAAAUAAAGAAUGUACAAAUAUAACGGGUAAAGUUGAUCCAAAAGUAAUCUCAUGUUAUAGGAGAAAUUAUAUUCAAAUAAAUAUGAAUUUGCAGUUGAAGCUGAUGAAAAGUAAGCUUUUAAAGCUUAUUUGUAGUGAGUAUGGCUACCAAACUACUCGUGUAAUCAAGUAUUUCAAGAUAGAGAUUAGUGCUUGUACUAAUCUUAGUAAUAGCAAGAGUGUUGGUAUAAUUAUCAAGAAAGAAGAACAAAAAAAAUCAAAUCCAGAAUACAAGGAAGAUUUAAUAGUGUAUACUCCAAUCAACAAUGUUGAUACUAUCAUAAACUUACAAGAUGCUGAGAUCAAUGACAAUAAUGAAAUUGAAAAAUUUUAUACAAUCAAAAAGUUGCAAUUCAAAAAUGCCACCCCAAAUAAUGGAAAUUUAACUUUUCAAAACUACUACCAUUUGAAAGUAAAAUUAUCCUGCAUUGUGGCGGAUAUCUAUUUUGAUGAUUACAUCGAAGAAGAUGAAGGCAAAAAUGAAGAUUUAAGCAACACCAAUGAGAUUAUUUUAAGUGAAUUGGUUUCAACUCCAAUUAUUGUUAGAGGUAGAAAUCCCAGUUUCUACUCAGAAAGAAAAGACCUCUUAAUAAAGGGAAGAAGUCCAUCUUCUAAGAAGUCUUUUCGAAAAUUGAAUGAAGAAUCUUUGAGUAAUUUUCGUUUAGAUUCAAAUAAUUCAAAUUUGAAUAUUUAUUCCCACACUAGUUCUGAAAACGAAAUAGAAAAUGAUAAUGAGCAUGAUAUUGAUAAUGAACAAGAUCUUGAAAAUGAAAUUGACGUUGAUAAUGAAUUAGAUUUAGAUAUUGAUGCAAAUUCUCCAAUUCUGACAAAUUUAGAUUUAAUUGAAAAUAAUGAAAUUUUACCAAAUUUAUCUUAUUCAACAAAUAAUUCAAAUAAUUUAAUAUCUAAUCCAAAUGGUAGUGGUGAUAAUAAUUGUGAAAUUGGUUCAAAUGAAAAAUACAAAUAUUUUCCUAUAUCAAGUGUUUAUUAUUUGCCACCUGUUAAUGUUGUUUAUUUUCCACAUAGAGCUCAUCAUCCGAAUCAAAAAGAUGAUAAUGAUUCAAAUAGUCAAAUUGAAAAAAUUGAUACGAGGUCUUCAAAUGUUUAUUUUAAAUAA